GUAGUCUUGGCGAUACCAUUUGCAGCCGUGGACGGAAAGAUCGGACAAAGUCUUCUGACCUGAUUUUGGGCGAGUUUUAGGCUUAAAUCACGAAUGUUUACCAUGUAAGUCAAAACUGAACACUAUAUUUAAGCAAGAAAUGCUGCUUAAGAUAUAAAUUUACACGUUUUCACCAUACAUUUGGCAAUAAGCAUAGGCGACGAUUGAGUGUUGUGUACUCGGUCCCAUAUGCUGAAAUUUAUGUCUUGUGUCUCGUGAACGAAAGGGUCACAAGGCCCGGAGCGGUAUUUUGAAAGUAGACAUAAGAAGACGAUCAUAAAAACUAAGAUUUUUACAUCAAUAGAAAUAUUUCAACCCCUAGAAUAGCAUCUAACUCCAUCCAGGUAACAAAACAAAAAGAAAAUACCAAAUUUAACUAACGAAACGCCACCCAAAUCUGAGACUCAGUGAGACUGAGAGCCCAAAAUUAUCUAGAGACCCCUUGUUCACUGCAACCACCCUGCCUGUGCUGUGGGGAAUCUACAGGUUGGACUAUGGCAUGCCAAUGCUGUACAGAGCACACACUUUUAAAAAUGAUUAAAAUGUCACUUUUGUGACCAAAAUUACUAAUUUCCAUACAGUUGCAAUUUAUUUUUCAUUAGUAACUUUGGAAUAAUUUUGUAUUCACUAGAGCGCUCAAAAACUUGAAUUUUUGGCAUAUUUUUGUGUACGCCCUCUAUUGAUGGAAAAUAAUAUGGCAAGAAAAUUUUCAUUUUUUUUCUUCUAUUUUUAAUUAAGAAAAAAAUAAUUUAACGAAUCAAAUUUACUUAAGGGCCAAGUUGUAUGACAAAUAGGUGUAAUGGAAACUGUCAGUGUAAAAAACCAAGCAUUUGUCCCAAAGAAAAAGAGAAAAUAAGCCAAACAUUGCCAUCCUUAUUUUGCCACACAUGGAGAUAUAACUAAGAACAAGGUUAUAUCAUAACCUUGUUCAUUGAAUGAGUGCUAGAGACUAGAGUCUAGACCAAAAAAAAGCUUCAGUCUCUGUUAUUAUAUUUUGUUUGUUCCGCUGAACUGCGUUGGCUCCACUCACCAAUACAUAGACUGAAGAGUUGUUGGCCCAUACGUACAGACAACGUAUAGCAGUAACAUGUUAGAUCUAACAUUCGGCGGAAACCCGAAUUUCGGAUCUUUUUUUUUUUUGCAUAAAAAAUGUCACAUUACAAAAAAGAAAUAACAUCAAAAUUUACGAAAAAAUAUAUAAACUUCAAAAAUAUUGUACCUUAGACCGUAAGUUGCCAUCUUGGAUGACAUCAUCCUUACAGACGUAUUUACCAGUCGCUAUAUAUCGAGAUUUGUGCCGCUUCUUUGCGCUUGUAGAUGUGCGUGCGUUCGGAACUUGUCGUUCGCAUUGAUUGGCCAGGAUAUCGUAGGAUAUUGUAUAAUCGCUAGCGAAUAGUGUUAGCUUGCUUUGCACAAACUCUGCUGAACAUGUGAAUAUUUCUACUUAUCGUGAACUACGAGAGUGAUUUUAACUUACCCCAGGUUGACCUACUUGUAAUUUUUAUACCAAUAAACGAUUAAGACGUGGAUCAUCAUAAUUAUGUCAGGGGCCCAAACAGGACAAGAGAAAGGAAAUUAUGGGAGACCAAACCCCCAACAUUCUCAAUCUUUCAUGUAAAAAGCGACUGGAUCUAGAGUAAACACGGGCAAUCUCGCCAGUCAGCAAGAAAGAAAAAAAUGGUAAAACAUCAAGUAACCCAUCGUAAGCACACGUAUCUCACAAAUCUAAGUCAGCGAAUGUUAUUUAUAGUGUGAACUACAUACAUGAUAUGACCAAUCGUACAUAGGUUUUCGGGUUAUAUAACUUUCAACCAUUUUAAAAACACAUUACAAAGUUUCUCCAUAGCUCUUGCAUUGUUUUCUGUGCACAGUGGGGUGCACCGCCGGUGACCAAAGACAUGAUGUGACGUCACACGAAUUGGGCCCAUUUUCGAUGCAGAGUUUUCACGCUCAUGGAAGAGGCUAUUUGGAGGCAUUUCAAUUGAGGAUAUUAAGAAGCCAGAAGAUUUUUGUGAUUUGAUAUUUUGAUGAGCAUGUUAUAAAAGAUGUAGGCUAUGCUUAGAUACCAAAUUUAUAGAUAUUUAUUUCCUUCUUAGGAGGUUAGUAAAGCAUAGUAACCUCGCAAUGCGUGUGAGUGAGUCUUACUUAGACUCUAAUAGAGUCUUAUGAUGUUAUGUCAAGGCCGAAGCUAUCAAAUAGUUUGUGGAUUGUCCUAUGGUGAAAGAUGAUGUUGAUAAAAGGUCCAUUUAGCGUCAUUAUCUCUUGCUAAUUGUGGCUUUCAUUUAUUAUAAAUAUUACCAAUUCUGUAGGUCUACUGCUGUGACUAAAAGAAGGAGAGACGAAGAUAAUUUAAUUGAGGAGAAAAGUCUAAAUCAAUGCCUAUGGAGAAAAGAGGGGAAAACGACAGAUAUAAAAAUGUAAAAUCUAGAUCUAGUAGAUGUAUAUAAAUCUGCUACACUUCAUUUUUUUUCUUUCUCCAUUCCUCUCUUUUCUCUCAUCCCAAUCUUUAUUUGUUUGGUCUUUUGAACUUAAAUCUGUUUAAAAUCUAUUCAGCUUGAAUUCAGGGGAAUCAUUACUCCACUAUUUAUGAAGGAUGGAUGAAGAAUCAAGUUGCCAACCCCAAGAAGAUGACAGUAAACAGGAGACUGAGAACAAAACAUCGCCAGUUCUAUCUAAAAACCAACUGAAGAAACAGCGCAGGCAUGAGAGAUGGGCAGAAACAAAGAAAGAAAGAAGGAAAAAAGAGCGAGAGAAGAACAAAGACAGGAAGAGGAAGAUAUUAGAAGAGGCGAGAAAACAAGGAAUAGGUGAGGAAAGUCUGGUUGUGAAGAAGAGGAAGAUGAGCGACCCUGAAGCAAGCAACAUCAAGGUAGCCAUUGACUGUGCCUACGAUUCACUUAUGACAGAAUCAGACAUCAAGAAAUUAAUCAAGCAGAUACAGAGAUGUUACGCAGAGAACAGAAAAGCCAACAAACCACUCCAGCUUUAUGUAUCCAGUCUGAAAGAUAAGACUAAGCAGAUCUUGGAUGAUGUCAUCGAAGGGUACCAAAAAUGGGAUAUUCACUUCAGAGAAGAAGAGCCUGAAGCGGCAUUUGGAUCUGAGAAUAUAGUCUACUUGGCAGCUGAGUCUCCUAAUGUUCUCCAAGACCUGGAUCCAAACAAGGCCUAUAUCAUCGGUGGUCUAGUCGAUCAUAACCAUUACAAGGGAUACUGUUAUGAGAAGGUGGUAGAGAAUGGAUGGAGUCACGCUCAACUUCCGAUUGGUGACUUUGUGAAACUCAACUCAAGGAAAGUUCUAGCUGUCAACCAUGUUUAUGAGAUCAUCUUAGCCUAUGUUCAACUAGGCAACUGGAAAGAUGCCUUCUUCCAAGUCUUACCAAAUCGCAAGGUGAAAGAGUACUACUCCAAAAACGAUUCUACUGAAGAUCUGGGCAAAUUAUCUAGUCAUACAGAGACCUCUGUUCAGGAUCAGACAUCACAGAAUGUGGAUGACUCGGUUGUUGACCAAACUAGAGAAGAUGAGGGUCAUUCUGUUGUUGCUAGGUUGGGCAAAGGGGAUGGUGAUCUCGCUGAUGCUCCAACCAACAAGGAGGAACUUGAACAAGAUGUUGUUGACUUGGUAAAAGUGUGUGACACUCACAGUAGGAACGGUAAUGACCGAAAUGUGAAAGAGUUUGAUUCAGACAAACUUGACUCUGGUGUGAAGCUGACGGAUGGGGAGAUUGAAUGUGAAGACAAAGAUGUCAGCUGAUAGUGCAUAUCACAAAGUGAGAAAAACAUUGCUGUCAUUACCUUGUAGGUAUUUCUUUUAUGUGGUUUAAUGGCUUUUAUAUCUUUUGGAUUUAGGAUUAGACAGGUCAUCACUAGUAUGAUAAAGAAUUACUAGUCAUUAAAACGAAGUGAUUCCCUAAAGAAAUAUGAGAUAUAAGAUCUCAGUUGCAAUAGUGACAUUGUAAGCAUUUGUAUGUGAUUGAUUGAGGGGAAAGAAACAAAAAUAUAUCGGUGCAAUCACUGAGACAAUGUGGUUAAAAACAAAUUCCAUAAAUUUGAGUUUUCAGAUCAUCAUAGCUUUUUUUUCAGGCCAUAGUUUGGGCCUUUCUAGUGUUUAGAAAUAGCUUUUUUAAGGUAAUAGUAUAUUUUUCUCAAGAAGAUGAGCUCAAAUCUUUGACAAAUAGAUUGUGGAUUCAUUGCUUCAAUAGGCUUGCUCACUCCUAGGGCCCAUUUCAUAAAGGACUGUUGUAACUUUGCCAUUAUGGCAACUACCAUGGUAACCUUGAUUCUGAUUGGCUGCUGAGCCCUGUUACCAUGGUAGUUGCCAUCAUGGAAAAGUUACAACAGUCCUUUAUGAAACAGGCCCCUGAUGAUAUACCUCUAUUGCAUUCCAUGAUUCUAGUUGCAGCCUCUCAGUAUAUCCAAUCCAUGAAAAAUAGAUCAGGUUGAUUAGAGGAGCAUUUAUUUCAGGCCCGAUCACCUGCUCCCAUGUACAGUUCAUCCUUGACAUUUUAGUUAACUGAUUAUCGGAUUCUUUGCACCUGUUAACAUUCUCAAGGGUGGACAUUACAAAAGAUGAAACUCACUAUUUAGUACCUUCCUGUUAUUGAGUGUACACUACAUGAGGUGAUAUUUAUCUGGCUGCAGUUCGCCACCUCUACUGCUUUCACUUUUAUUCCUAAGACACAAUGACACAUAUUCUGAAGUCGGUUUUAAGUUAAACUCAGGUUUAAAGUUGUGGUUUAAGUAUGGAUAGCCAAUUGUUACAUAAAUUACUAACAGUAGAGAUAUCAUACUUCAGCUCAUUUGGCUCUCAAAUCAUUCGUAAUUGUCUAGGAAGUAUGAAUAGAUGAUUGUCUUCACCAUCAAUGAAUCAGGAAAGAGCACAAUAAACAUAAGAAACAUACAACUUAAUAACAAUUUUGAUACUUUUGGCUUCCCAUACUUAAACCACAACUUUAAACCUGAGUUUAAGUUAAACCCGACUUCAGAAUACGGGCUAGUGACACAUAUUCUGAACUUGAGUUUAACUUAAACUAUGGUCUAACUCUGCGCUCAAAUUAUGGAAAGCCAAAAAUUUCAAAAAUUUUUCUUACUUUGUAUGUUUCUUACGUUCACUGUGCUCUUUCUUAACUUAUGAAUGGUGAAGGAAAAGUAAAGAAUGAUUUUAGAGAAAAAUGAGCUGAUGUAUCAAAAUUUUACUGUUAGAGAUUUAUGCCACUAUUGGCUAUCCAUAGUUAAACUGCAACAUUAAACCAGAGUUUAUAUUAAACCCGAGUUCAGAAUACGGGCCUAUGGCACGUCCAGUUUGACUUAAACCUUGGUCUAGGUCAGGGCUAAAAUUAUGGGGAGCUAUAAGCAUCAGACAUUAUUGCUCCUUAUACUUCCUUUGAGUUUACUGGGUCAACUGGGAUCUUUGCCAUGUUUUAAUGUUUAUAGAAAAUUAUUGUAUUUAUCAUUUCAAGAUGGCUUGUAAUUUUUUGGUUGCCAUAUGUGAUGAAAAAUUGAUCAUGUAGUUAUCUAUCUGCAUCACUAUUUUCUCCCCAUAGUUAAACCAAACCUUUAGGCCGUGGUUUGAAGUAAACCUGAGUUCAGAGUAUGGGACCAUAGGAUUAAUUUAAAGAGUCUGCCCAGUGUUCUCCUCAUGCAAAUAGGGCUGUACAGAUACACCCAUUUAUGAAGAAAGGCUCUGAUGCUACUGUCAGAACAGAGAAAUCAUCUCCAGGGGCUCGUAACACAAAGCUUAGCAAUCAUUGUAGAGCAUUGUUUUUAUGAUCGAUUGUAUUGACUACGAUGUACAAUCAAUCAUAAAAAUCAAGCAUACGAUUAAUCACUGAACAUUGUGUUAUGGGACCAAGAUCGACCAAAGAUACUGCGUCAUUACCAAUGAUAAACCAUCGCAGGGUUUGGAGUCGGUUUUCGUUGGUGUGACGGUAUCAUUAGACUUAAAUUUCCAUACUGGCAGUACACUUUGCAAGGUUGUACAACACCUAAUUAGCUUGUUGUACGCGAGCAAAUGGGAGGCUGAAUGUCAAACAUUCGCACCGUUGCACACAAGACGUACCAUCCAAAAUGUACCGUUGCACGGCUUUAGGAGAUGACGUCACAAUACGAUGUAAUUCACUGCGCUCGGUAAAAAUGAAGGUGCAAUACGUGUAUAAGCCUGCUGGCUAAAUGCGCAAUGCUGCCCAAGUUCAUGUGUGCUUGUAGGAUUUUGCUUAUCGCUUUCAAUUUGUUUGCACCCUUUUCAUAUAUUACUAAAGGGAAAAACUCUUUUUUUUUCUUCAUAUUUUCGCUAAAUUCCGAGGCCUUGUACAACACAAAUAGCGAAUAUACUUAUUCGUGAAAGAAAGAUACGCUCUAUUCAACACGGCUAAUGCCUCGUUGAAUAGAGCAUCUUUCUUUCACCUCAUGCGAAAUCUCGCACCAUCGCACUCAUGCCUAUUUGCUAUUUGUAUACUAUUGCAUGAAAGCUGAACUGGAAAAUGUGUUUCCAAAGGUAUCAUGUUUAACGCUAGAUAAUCUUUGUUAUUCCUCAUGAUGUGUAUUGUUUGUCUUAAUUGUCAAAAUGGCUUUAUCCCAAACUUAAAACUUCUAAUAAAAGUCUAGCAACACAGCAA